AUAUUAAGAUCGAUAACCCAAUGGCUUGCGCACAGGGACAACUGGGAAGAACCCUUCUCAAUCCAGCAGGUUCCACCUAAUAGUGUUGCGAGAGGAAGAUCUGCCUGCGCUUUCGUUGAUAUCUGAACGUCAAAGGGAUGUCAAAGAGUUCUGGUUUGUUCUCUGGAGAAGAGAUUAUUGAGUUCUCUCCUUUCUGCUCUCCUUCCCCGGCUACGUCCGCCAUGGAACAUCAAGUAAUGUCCUCUUCGUUUGCUCCGUCCUUACUAAAAGACAAGACAGUAAGGGGAUGGUAAACAAAGAGAUUGCUAUGCAGUCGAGUCUCCAGCAUGUGAUGCUCACGGAUCGGCAUGGCGAGCUUCAGCUUGCAUAGAACUAGAUUAGGGACGCCCAGCAUUCGUGUUGCCCAGGAAGAGUCGAUCGUCAGCAGGGCUUACAAGGAGACAUUGGGCCACAGCGUCAGACCCUUUGCUGUGAAGCCCUUACAUGGAGGGGGAGCCACAAAAAGGAAUUUUCAGAGUCACGGUUGCAGAAGACGCACACACCCGCAGAAUGUGGUUCCUGAGCAGAGCGGUCCCAGUCUCAGUGAGGAUGUCAACGGAAGGGAGAAUCUGGAAGCAAGGGACUCAUUUGCAGGCUCCACUGUUUGCAAAAUCUCCAAGUGGCAGGCUUGGAAAAAGCGGGGUUUGUUGGCGACAAAGAGAGAGCUUUGCAAUGUGAAUACAGUAGAGGCACAGCAAAUCUGGGAUGGCUCCGCUCUACGGUCCUUAGCAACGGCACAUUGUGACCAGAGAACAUUAGAACGGCGCUGCACGAAGGCGGCUGCUCAUGCAGUUUAUCUGGAGCCUGCAGCGGCAGGCGCCAACCGUGAGGGGGGGUUGCAGCCAGGCACAUUUUGCACUGAGGAGACCCUGGUACUGCUCAGAAAAGCCCAGCGAAUACACCCCAAGUUUUUUGCUGGGGUCACGGGUUUGCUCUUGAUCAGUUAUUUGACGGGAUCAGCAAUCGUGUCCCCAACUGUACAGUUAACAAUUUUGGCUUUAGGAGUUGCCAUUUUGGGCGUCCCCCACGGUGCUCUGGACCUGGUCACAGCUCAGGGGCUGAUGCGCGAGCAGGCCUGGCCCUGGCCACAGCCCUGGAACCUCGCCCUCUUUGUGGCGGCCUACUCUGCAUGCACCGCCUUAGUUGUGUUCCUGUGGUGCCACUUCCCGGGCGCUUCUCUGGCGGGCCUGCUGGCCGCGAGCGCCUGGCACUUUGGCACCAACGAUGCACAAGGCUUGUUGCCGGGGCAGUGGCACUGGGUAGAGGUGGCAGCCCGAGGCCUGGGACCCAUUACGCUGCCCUUCAUUUUGCACAAACAGGAGACGUCACUCCUCUUCUCUCACCUCGCUCCUCCAUUCGCGGCCAGCCACGUGUCCCACCUCUGCACCCUCCUCGCCUUGCCCACCGCGCUGGCAGUCGCCGCCACAAGCCUCUACUGCUACCUAGGGCCGCGCACCGACACACAUUUGGGCUCCCCAGCUCGAGAGCAGCUCGUACCCCGGGAAGAGCUGACGUCAUCGAAGACACUAGGACAGCUGACGUCUGGUCCGGGUCUGACUCGAGAGUCGCGGCUCGCGGCCGGGCUAGAGAUGGCGCUGCUGGGGCUGGGGUGCACGCUGGCGCCCCCCCUCCUGGGCUUCUUCCUCGCGUUCUGUACGCUGCAUUCUUUACGCCAUACGCUCGCGUUCUUCGCGGACGAAAGCACGCCCGCCAGCCUGGCGGACCUGCGCUACGUCGGCAAGGCGGCCGGGAUGGUGACAGGUGUCACGCUGCUGGUGGCGCUCGCCGUCUUUGCGGGGCUGCUCAAGCACCCAAUCUUGGCAUCCCACGUGGCGGCGUUCGAGAUGGCCAGUGUUCAGGUCAUCUUCGUGGGGCUCGCGGCGCUCACGGCCCCGCACAUGGUGCUGCUCGAAUUCAGCCGACAAAGACGAAGGCUGAGAAACGGGCGCAUAUGACUGAGCUUCACUGAAUUAGACGCUUGCAACAGUUGGAUUGAGACAGCAGAAUAGUGUGACGGUACGUUCGAGAAGUGGCAUGUGAAAAUGGAAGAGAUCAAGGCAGGCGACAGACGUCAACGGUUGGACACAAAGAGAAUGCAAUAGCUAGCAGAUUUGCACGCGUUUCAUAUGAGUAUCUUAGAAAUAAUACGCUUUCACGAGAUGAAUCAAGUGGGCGGCAAAUGUUUUGUAUAGAUCAGACGGUAUAGGAUAGAUAUACCAAUCAAAAGGUGUUCGCGGAAAGUAGAAUGUGUGGAAUGCGUAUGAGACGGUGAUGACAGCUCACAAGAUCAAUCACUGUACAGCAG